UAUUUACCUCUGGUGGUGAAGUGGCGUGCCUGUAAAGGUUGCAGUCUGCCACCUUGCUGAGCGCUUUUCAACUUACUUUCCUAUAUAAUUGUGUAACUUAGGGAGUUUCAGAGUUGAAUUGUGUUGUUUUCUUUUUGGCAGUGGCUGAGUGAGGGCAAGUGGCAACACGGGGGUGGCUCAGCGCGUCGCGUCUCGUCUCAGUCACUAUCAUAUCCUGGGCGAGCGUGGGGUGUUGUGGCAGGAAGUACGGUGCAGACAAGACACAGCCGCCAGCCGUGCAUUACUACCCUUCCAGAUAAAGGGAAGCAGCAGAGAGGCAAAACAGCUUGAAGAAAGGGUAGCAACACAGAGACAGGCAGCCUCAAGGAAGGCCAGCAAAACAGAGGUAGCAAUCCUCAGCCAUGGUUACCUCAAAGUAACACACGCCCCACAUCCCACCAUGGCAUCCAACCCACAUCACGACAUGGAGGAAAAUCUUGAGGCAAUUGAACACCAACCAACAGCGGAGCUGGUCAUUGCUGUAUGGGAAGGAGACGAGGCAGGAGUGAGGUCAGCACUUGACAGGGGUGCGCGGCCCGAGGUCACCGUCCCCACUAAGGCUGGGGUGUCAUGCAGUCUGCUGACUGUGGCUGCCAGCAAGGGCCACAACCACCUGCUACGUCACUUACUACAGGCGGGGUUAAGCAUAGAAGGUGGAGACACCACUGACAUGACACCGCUGAUGCUGGCUGCCCUGCGUGGCCACGCCCAUACAGUGAAGAUGCUGCUGGACCUCCGCGGUAACCCUCUGGCCAUGGAUAGUGACGGAUGGACAGCCCUACACUUUGCUGCAGGGUGGGGCCACCAGCAGUGUGUGGCAGUCCUCUUGCCCGUCACCCCUCCCACUCCUGCACACCUCGAGGUAUACACCCCGGUGCACGCCGCCAGUUAUCGUGGCCACGUGGAGGUACUGGAGCAGCUGGCAGGUGCUGGCUGGCCCCUCACCGCCAGGGACAGUGAUGGCAACACGCCAAUGCAUCAUGCUGUGGUCGGGGGUAGCGUGACAUGUGUGCAGUGGCUGGUGCAGCGAGGGGAAGACCUGAGCGUGCAAAAUAAUGCUGGACACACCCCACUUGACCAGGAGCUGGUCACUGCUGUAGAGGAAGGAGACGAGGCAGGAGUGAGGUCAGCACUUGACAGGGGUGCGCGGCCCGAGGUCACCGUCCCCACUAAGGCUGGGGUGUCAUGCAGUCUGCUGACUGUGGCUGCCAGCAAGGGCCACAACCACCUGCUACGUCACUUACUACAGGCGGGGUUAAGCAUAGAAGGUGGAGACACCACUGACAUGACACCGCUGAUGCUGGCUGCCCUGCGUGGCCACGCCCAUACAGUGAAGAUGCUGCUGGACCUCCGCGGUAACCCUCUGGCCAUGGAUAGUGACGGAUUGACAGCCCUACACUUUGCUGCAAUGGAGGGCCACCAGCAGUGUGUGGCGGUCCUCUUGCCUCUCACCCCUCCCACUCCCGCACACCUCGAGGCAGACACCCCGGUGCACGCCGCCAGUCAUUGUGGCCACGUGGAGGUACUGGAGCAGCUGGCAGGUGCUGGCUGGUCCCUCACCGCCAGGGACAGUCAUGGCAAUACACCCAUGCACCUCGCUGCGAUUGAGGGAUGUGCAGCAGUUGUGCAGUGGCUGGUGCAGAGAGGUUGUGACCCACACGUGCAAAUGAAGGAUGGACGCACCCCGCUGGAGUGUGCCGUGCAGCAUGGCCGCCACGAGGUGGAGAACUGGCUGGUUAAAAAUUGCAGCGGUGUUGUGAGGAGUAAGACUCUGUGUGUGGAGGAAGUGAUGGCGUGGCGGGUCGAGCAUGAACGCCUACACAACAAAAUCUUGUCCCUGCUGGUGGAGGGCAACGAGGCAGCCAUGGCCUGCAUCCCUGAGGUUUAUGAUGGUCACACGCUGAGCCAGGAUGGUCUGACGCCUCUCCACGCUGCGGCGUUGUGUGGGGCUCCCAGUGGUACUGUGGAGGCUUUGCUGCGACAAGGCGUGAGCCCUCAUGUGACCACCCCUGACAACAUGACCCCCGCUGACCUGGCACGGCAGCAAGGCCAUGACUCAGUGAUUAAGGGACUACAGUGCCAUCACUGUGUACAGAGUGGCAAGCUUCCUGAAGAACUGCAUGAGGAGCUGCUCUCAACAGUCAGUCGUUGGGACGAUGUGCAGGCGGUGUCCACCCUCCUGUGUAAAGGCGCUCCCAUAGAGCUCCUGGGUGGCCUUUCUGUCCUCAGACUGGCUGUCACCACCGACCGCAUAAACACCGUCAACCUGCUGCUGGCUAGCGGUGCACCGCUGCCUGCCAGCCUGCUGCAGGAGGCUUGGCAGAGCCCUGACGUGACUCACAGGGUGCUGGCCUUCCUCACUACCGCCUACUGCUGCCGACUGCGUGCAGAGCAGCGUCGCCUGGAAAAGGUCAGCAGCGCCCUUGUCGAGGGCAUCGACAAUCUAGUGAAAACCAUCGAGGGAAAUACUCCUUGGCAGACAGCCUGGCGAUGGGAAAAGGAGACUGACCGGCCAGCACUGAGCGACCUCCUGGCAAAGGCAGCGGCUGCCAACUGCCCUGUGACUGCCACCUUCCUGCAUAGGGCAGGAGGGUGGACAGUCUUUAAUGGAGCCUCUGGUGGCACUGCCCUCCACGCUGCCCUGGAGGCUGGCCACAAAGGCAUGGCCGAGCUGCUGAUCAGGGACCUUGGGAGUUGCCCGUACGUGCCAGACACACAUGGUCGUCUUCCAGUGCACAUGAUGCCCGACGAGGAGCAACAGAGGCUGGAGCAGAAGCUCUUUAUGGUGGAGCGUGAAAAACUAGAGAAUAUGGAGCUUUGCUUGAAGGCAGAUCACGAGAAGACCGCAGCACGGACAGCGCUGUGUAUACAGAAGGAUCUUUUUGAGAGCCACAAGAAGGGCGACGGUAAAAAUGUCUCCUCAUCUGAUGGCCGCGCUGCCCUGCUGCUGGCCUCGCGCAAGGGUCUCCUGCAGCUGACUCAUCUUAUACUGCAAGACGGUCACUUCCCCGUGGAUGAGGUGCUGGACGACACCUGUGGCACCACCGCCCUCCACCAGGCAGGCUCGCACGGCCAGGACGGCUGUGUGGCACUGCUGCUGAGCCACGGCGCCAACCCACAGCAGUGUGACAGAUAUGGCCAGACGCCCCGCCACCUGGCCGCCAUGUUUGGCCACAAAAGUACUUUUGAACUCCUGGAACACCAAGAGACACAGGACCCUCCUUGCCGCGCGGGCACCACGGCCACACAGGCGAGAGAAAAUUUUAAAGUGUUUCACAAUAUGUAUUAUAAAUAUAAGCAUAAUCUAUUAGGUAUACACGACCGUCAUAACCCCGAAAGCGUCAUAAGAAAUCUUGUGAAAUCCAUAGGCCUGCAAAAGCUGCACGAGGAGGCUCAGCGGGUGGCUGUGGACCUAUUAAAGGGAGAGGCCCUUGAGGUAAAGGAGGUGGUCAUGGCAGAAAUAAACAUCAUCAUGAAUAAGGUGUCAGCCACUGAUGCCACAUACCACGGUGACCUGAGGUUGGCGGGCAGUUCACGGGACGGGUCUAAGCUUUACGUCCCUGACGAAUUUGAUAUAAACCUCGUGAUUCACAAGGAUGACGUAGGAAUAACUGUUAGCGAGAGAGGGAAGGAGGAAGCCCUGCUGAAGGGCAGGUUACAGAUUUCUGUGAAGACUGACAAUCCCCACCUUGAGGGUAAUAGAUUUAUGGCCAGUUUGUACGAGAAGGUGCACCGGUGCCUUGCUGGCCAUACCCUGCAGGACAAAAGACUGAGCCUGGUGCCGCCGGGCCUGACCAGCACGCAAGUGGGCGUGGGACUCUCUCUGGCCUGGCAGGGGCGAGAGUAUCCACUGUUGCUGGUCAGCGUGGACCUGGUGCCAGUGCUUGAGGUGCCAUGGCUGGAGCAAGUUUCCAGACCUUUCCUCACUCCUGAGGAUACCACCACCAUGCAGCUCAGUAAUGCUGCAGAUGGAACAUGGCGCUGCAGCUUUGCCUUGACAGAGGCUAAGGUGCUGGGGACGUUGACACCCGCAGAGCGCCAGGUACAGCUGAUGGGAAAAGUACUUCUUUCCCGCCUCAAGCCCGAGCGCUGGAUGCCUCGGCACAAAAAGAGCUUUUACAAGUGGUUCGCCACACGAGAGUGGAACAUCGCAGUGCCAAGCGGGUUCUGUUUUAAGAACGCCCUCCUGCGGUGGCUGGAGCACAGGCGGUGGAGGGAGGUAGAGCUUGGGGCUGGACAGGAGCAGGACCACACCAAGGAGUUGGGGGCUGGACAGGAGAGGAACCAUGCCAAGGAGUUGGGGACUGGACAGGACCAGAACCAUACCAAGAAGUUGGGGGCUGGACAGGAGGGGAACCAUGCCAAGGAGUUGGGGGUUGCACAGGAGGGGAACCAUACAAAGGAGUUGGGGGCUGCACAAGAGAGGGACCAUGCCAAGGAGUUGGAGCAAGGGUGGGAGGGGGACCCUGCCAGAUGGCUGGUGGAGGUGUUCAGAUUGAUGUGUGCGAACCCAGAAGAGUCACGAAAGCACCUGACAACUCAAAACAGCUCCGCCUACUUUGGAGGAGACUGUGAGGGGCGGAAGCCUGGGGACGGGGCGCCCGUCAUCGUGCAGUGCCUGGAGGAGGGUUUGGAAAAGUUGUGCUCUGGCUCGGCCUCAGCCGAGACAACCAGGCCACGGCGACGAAAGUAUUAGAUGCAGAAGAUGCAGAUCCUUGUAAUCAUUAGCUGUGAGCUGCACCACCCAUCAUAAGACCCCACUCACACACACACACACACACACACACACACACACACACACACACACACACACACACACACAGGAACACAAGUGCUUGCUGCUCGAUUUUCAGAUUCAAUAGUUUAUAUAGCCAAUUAGUUGUGGAACUGAUAUAAAGAAAAAUAUAGAUUUUCAUGGUGCAAGCCUAGUGAGAGAAAAUACUCUCUUAAUAGGCUCUUUCAUCUGUGUACACUUGUUGGCUCCCGUAAUACUGCAGGCUGAGUAACGUAAUAGUACAAGCUGAGGUAAAUACAUGAGUAUAAGAUAAUAGUUAACUUGCAUGUUAUAUGGUGAAACAAGCUCUAGAUAUAUCUCUGAAUUAAUUGAUGAUAGGCCUAUAAGUUUUUUAUAUUCAUUUGCAAAUGACAGUGACAUUAGGACUAAAUAUUUUGUAUAGGUUUACUAAGACAAUGUAUGAUCUGGGUGUAUAUAAAGCACUUUGGCUGGACAAAAUAUUACAUAUAAGUUAUCAAAUCAAAAUAGAACGUCACAUUUGUACCAAGAAGUACCAAAUGCAGAUGGUAAUUGGUUGAAAGAAACUUUUAAGUUAAGGACUUGUGAUAUUAUAGGCAGAGACUGUCCGAAGAAACUUAUAACAGGCCAGCAUGUCUUAAUUAUAGGAUGGUGACAAUGGAAGGAAAAUUACAGAAGUAUUUAUCUGUUCUCCUUAAACAACACUCACGUGCCGUAAGUGUGUUCAAGUGUGCAAAUCAUCAGCUGCCAUUGUAAGUGGUAGUGAAGGAAUGCAAGUGUACAAAAGUGGAUCUGUUCUUUAUGUGAUUUUAAUGUUUUUUUAAUGUUUUUUUUUUUUUUUUUUUUUUUUUAUGUAGGAAGGACACUAGCCAAGGGCAACAAAAUUCUAAUAAAAAAAAAUGCCCACUGAAAUGCCAGUCCCACAAAAGGGUCGAAGCAGUGGUCAAAAAUUGAUGGACAAGUGUCUUGAAACCUCCCUCUUGGAGGAAUUCAAGUCAAAGGAGGGUGGAAAUAUAGAAGCAGGCAGGGAGUUCCAGAGUUUACCAGAGAAAGGGAUGAAUGAUUGAGAAUACUGGUUAACUCUUGCGUUAGAGAGGUGGACAGAAUAGGGGUGAGAGAAAGAAGAAAGUCUUGUGCAGCGAGGCCGCGGAAGGAGGGGAGGCAUGCAGUUAGCAAGAUCAGAAGAGCAGUUAGCAUGAAAACAGCGGUAGAAGACAGCUAGAUAUGCAACAUUGCGGCGGUGAGAGAGAGGCUGAAGACAGUCAGUUAGAGGAGAGGAGUUGAUGAGACGAAAAGCUUUUGAUUCCACCCUGUCUAGAAGAGCAGUAUGAGUGGAAUUAUAAGUAAAGGACAGACCGAGGAUGUUCAGUGUAGAAGAGGGGGACAGUUGAGUGUCAUUGAAGAAGAGGGGAUAGUUGUCUGGAAGGUUGUGUCGAGUUGAUAGAUGGAGGAAUUGAGUUUUUGAGGCAUUGAACAAUACCAAGUUUGCUCUGCCCCAAUCAGAAAUUUUAGAAAGAUCAGAAGUCAGGCGUUCUGUGGCUUCCCUGCGUGAUAUGUUUACC